AUGCACCCCGCAUCGGAUCCUCGAUCUUUCGAGGGAGGGUCGUGUCGUAAACGAGGCUUGCAAGGUGCAGGACAGGAGGCCCAACCUGCCCACGGCGGCGUUACGAACGAUGUUUGCCCGACGCAGACCAUCGACCAUGACGCGACGAUCCAGGCGGCGGCCGAGAGGUUCACGGUUCUGGGGGAGAUUCAGAGGGGGCCUGCCCAGUCCCGCAUGGGUUACACGAGGCGUUAUUGCUUGCUGGGCAGCGGUCGUUUCUGUCUUAUCUACUCUUUAGUUGACUUUGAACUUUGA